AUGUCGACCGAGAAAUACGGCGCCGAGGGCGUCGAGGAUGUCGCAGUCACCGGCACUGUUGCGCACCUCCCCGACGAGCACAUGAGCGUCGGCCGCUACAUCGCGACGCGCAUCCCGUCGCUGAAGCCGCCCAUGGCCCGUGCCCCCAAUCCGUUCAAGCUGCUGGGCCUGCUCAACACGCAGCAAUGGCUGUUUUUCCUCGUCGCCUUCAUUGCGUGGUCGUGGGAUGCGUUCGACUUCUUCACCGUUAGUUUGACGGUCGAGGAUCUCGCCGAGGAAUUCGGCAAGAGCAAGAAGGACAUCACCUGGGGCAUCACGCUGGUGCUGAUGCUGCGGUCCGUCGGCUCCAUCAUCUUCGGCAUCGCCGCCGACCGCUGGGGCCGCAAGUGGCCCUUCAUCAUCAACAACCUCCUGUUCAUCAUCCUCGAGCUCGGCACCGGCUUCUGCAACACCUACGAACAGUUCCUGGGCGUCAGGGCCCUCUUCGGCAUCGCCAUGGGCGGCCUGUACGGCAACGCGGCGGCCACGGCGCUCGAGGACUGCCCGGAGCAGGCGCGCGGUAUAGUGUCUGGCAUGCUGCAGCAGGGCUAUGCGUUUGGGUACCUCCUGGCCACCGUCUUUGCUAGAGGCCUCGUCAACACUACCAGCCACGGCUGGAGACCUCUCUUUUGGUUCGGUGCAUGCCCGCCUGUUCUGAUCAUCCUCUUCCGUCUGUGUUUGCCCGAGACCCAGGCGUACCGGGAGCGCGAAAAGGUCCGCGAGUCUGGCCACAACGUCGGCAAGACUUUCAUCGCUGAGGGCAAGGUUGCUCUCAAGAAACACUGGCUCCUGCUGAUCUACAUGGUUCUGCUCAUGGCGGGAUUCAACUUCAUGUCCCACGGAUCCCAGGACCUGUACCCCACGAUGCUGGAGAACCAGUACAACUUCAGCGCCGACGCCGUCACGGUCACGCAGGUGGUGGCCAACCUGGGCGCGAUGACGGGCGGCACCGUCAUCGGCUACUGCUCGCAGAUCUUCGGCCGCCGCUUCAGCAUCAUCUUCAUCUGCGUCGUGGGCGGCGCGCUGCUGUACCCCUACACGUUCGUCAGCGACACGCGCAUCAUCGCGCCCGCCUUCUUCGAGCAGUUCUGCGUCCAGGGCGCGUGGGGCGUCAUCCCCAUCCACCUCAUGGAGCUCUCGCCCGGCAGCUUCCGCACCUUCGUCGUCGGCACCUCGUACCAGCUCGGCAACCUCGUGUCCAGCGCGUCCAGCACCAUCGAGGCCACCAUCGGCGAGCGCUUCCCGCUGCCCCCCAAGGGCAAGACGGCUCGGUAUGAGUACGGCAAGGUCAUUUGCAUCUUCAUGGGCUGCGUCUACGCCUAUGUCAUCAUCUUGACCCUGGUCGGCCCCGAGUAUCGUGGUCGGGGAUUUGAUGUUGCCCAUGACGCGGAUAUGGAGGAGGCGGCGAACGUGGACCACGAGGGUAUUGAGCGCAUUGUCCACCCGGAAGCUGCUGCUCCGGCUGUCGACGAGGAUGAGAAGGGAGUGUCGAGGAGGGAAGUCGUCUGA